AUGGCGGCGGCCGGUGCGGUCGGUCCGGUGGCGAACGUCUUCCCGUUCCGCGAUGCCCGCGCCGCGCCAGACCCUGUGCUGGAGGCCGGCCCGGGUGCUCUCGGCCCACUGCCGGUGCCACUCGUGCUGGACAACGGGUCGUUCCAGGCCCGCGCCGGCUGGGCAUGCCCUGGACCGGACCCGGGCCCCGAGCCGCGGCUGCAGUUCCGCUCCGUGUGCGCCCGCGGGCGGGGCGGGGCUCGGGGCGGGGCGGGCCCGCAGGUGGGCAACGCGCUGGGCAGCCUGGAGCCGCUGCGCUGGAUGCUGCGCUCACCCUUCGACCGCAACGUACCGGUCAACCUGGAGCUGCAGGAGCUGCUGCUGGACUACAGCUUCCAGCACCUGGGUGUCUCCUCACAGGGCUGUGUUGAUCAUCCCAUAGUUUUGACAGAAGCUGUGUGCAACCCACUGUACUCUCGACAAAUGAUGUCUGAGCUUCUUUUUGAGUGCUAUGGGAUUCCUAAGGUUGCGUAUGGAAUAGACAGCCUCUUCAGCUUCUACCACAAUAAGCCAAAGAACUUGAUGUCCAGUGGGCUCAUCAUUUCCUCUGGAUACCAGUGUACACAUAUUUUGCCCAUCUUAGAAGGGAGGUUAGAUGCUAAAAACUGCAAACGCAUCAAUCUGGGAGGAAGCCAAGCAGCUGGCUACCUCCAGCGCCUCCUGCAGCUGAAGUACCCUGGGCACCUGGCAGCCAUCACAUUGAGCCGCAUGGAGGAGAUCCUGCACGAGCACAGCUACGUUGCUGAAGAUUAUGUGGAAGAACUGCAGAAAUGGCGGUGCCCUGAUUAUUAUGAAAACAACGUCCACAAGAUGCAGCUCCCGUUUUCCAACAAGCUCCUAGGCAGCACUCUGAGCUCCGAGGAGAAGCAGGAAAGGCGGCAGCAGCAGCUGCGGCGCCUGCAGGAGCUCAACGCCCGCCGGCGGGAGGAGAAGCUGCAGCUGGACCAGGAGCGGCUGGACAGACUGCUUUACGUGCAGGAACUUCUAGAGGACGGCCAGAUGGAUCAGUUUCACAAAGCUCUGGUGGAGCUGAACAUGGACUCCCCAGAAGAGCUGCAGUCCUACAUCCAGAAGCUCAGCUCGGCGGUGGAGCAGGCGAAGCAGAAGAUCCUCCAGUCAGAAGUCACCCUCGAGGUGGAUGUGGUGGACAGCAAGCCAGAGACCCCUGACCUGGAGCAGCUUGAACCGUCUCUGGAAGAUGUGGAAAGCAUCAAUGAUUUUGAACCCUUGUUUUCAGAGGAAACCCCAGAAGUGGAGAAGCCAGUCACCACUGUCCAGCCCGUGUUUAACUUGGCAGCCUACCAUCAGCUGUUUGUUGGGACAGAAAGAAUUCGAGCUCCAGAAAUUAUCUUCCAGCCGUCCCUCAUAGGGGAGGAGCAGGCUGGGAUAGCGGAGACCCUUCAGUACAUCCUGGACAGGUACUCAAAGGACAUUCAGGACCUGCUUGUUCAGAAUGUUUUCCUCACUGGUGGAAACAUGAUGUACCCUGGGAUGAAAGGUAGAAUCGAGAAGGAGCUGUUGGAGAUGAGGCCCUUCCAGUCUGCUUUUAAGGUUCGGCUUGCUUCCAACCCCGUGCUAGACGCCUGGUAUGGCGCUCGGGACUGGGCCUUGGACCACCUGGACGAUGACGAAGUCUGGAUCACCAGGAAAGAGUAUGAAGAGAAGGGGGGAGAGUACCUCAAGGAACACUGUGCGUCCAACAUCUAUGUCCCCAUCCGUCUGCCCAAGCAGGCCUCACGCUUCUCAGACACACAGGCCCCCGGCAAAGGCUCCGGGACCAGUGGGGGCAGUGCUGGCGAGCAGGCGUAGCUGGCACCCCCAGGAUCUGGGGCCGUAGUGGCCAGUGUGGAGGAUGGUGGCUGUACUAGCUGGGUCUUCCCUGAGCCUGCUGGCAGCGCUGGGCUACGAGGUGGAUUUCUCCUGGGGAGAACAGUAAGGGACCCUGGAAAUUACCCUCCUGAACUGCAUUCACCUGGGGGCUCCUGCCGUGAAGAGACUUUCUGGUCUUUGCUGAACCAAGGAUGAGCUGUGGCCUCAGCUUCCCGCAGCAGUAAAUGAAGACGGAAUGGAGGACAGGGCUGUACAAGAUGUAAAAAGUUUAUUUCUUCAUUUAAAAAAUCCUUCAAAAUUUAUAUUAUCCAUGUAGCUCUUUUUCUGACUUAAUUCAGAAAUUGUGUGAACGUCCAGCAGGUGGAGACCUUUCACAUGUGAAUAAGGAAAAGGUAAUGUUGGUUUAACAAAGCAAUCACCCAUGAGA